UGAUGCUUGUGUAUAUUAUGAAAUGAUCACCACGGUCAGUAUAGUUAGCACCCAUCAGCACACAGGUGCAAACUUUUCUUCUUGCGAUGAGAACUUUUAGGAUUUGUGGUAUUUUAAAUGUGCAAUCCCGUAUUCACUAACUGCGUUCGCCAUGCUGGGCUUGGCACCCCAGGACUUGUUUGACAGUGGGGGGCUUGGUGCCUUUUGACCCCCUCAUAUUCACAUUCUUAAGCUCCGAGGCCAACGUGAAGAGACCACAGAGGAAUAGGACAUAUGAGAAACUUCCCACAAACUCCCAGGAUACAGGUUGUAAAAUGCAGCGUUUCUCCUUUGCACAGAUCUCCUGCAGAACCUUCGGAAGCGGUCUCGCCCUGUCCUUUCCCCGCUGCUCGGGCGUCUCCUUGCACGAGAGUAAAUUAAUAAGUCAGGAGUUAGGACCCAGAGGUCCGUUGGAGCCUUGCAGGACCUGGCAGCUGACGGGAAAUCAAUGAAGUGCACUUCACGAAACAUCACCCUGAUGUGAGAUGGACGGAGGCUGCUUUCUCCCGCUUCAGGUGUCUGUGUUCCCCUUGGGCUCCGAUUCAGGCUCGGAACCACUGCGCUUCCCUCCCAGAACCCCCUCUCCCGGUGGAAACGCGGUGUGAUUAACAGGAAGAAAUUUUCCUCUUAACAUGACAUCAUGACGCCGGCAGGUUUUACCCUGGUGCUCGUCCUCCUGGGUGUCACUCCCUCAGCAGCCGCAGAAUUCAGUUCCAUCGCCGAAACCGAAGACGCCCUCCUCAGGCAUUUGUUCCAAGGCUAUCAGAAGUGGGUUCGCCCUGUGUUCCAUUCUAACGACACCAUAAAAGUCCACUUUGGAUUGAAAAUAUCUCAGCUUGUCGAUGUGGAUGAAAAGAACCAACUGAUGACAACAAAUGUGUGGCUCAAACAGGAAUGGACAGACCACAAAUUACGCUGGAAUCCUGAUGAAUACGGUGGAAUUCAUUCCAUUAAAGUCCCAUCGGAAUCUCUCUGGCUCCCUGACAUAGUUCUCUUUGAAAAUGCUGAUGGACGUUUCGAAGGCUCUCUCAUGACGAAGGCCCUCGUGAAAUCGAAUGGGACCGUCACCUGGACCCCUCCCGCCAGCUAUAAGAGCUCGUGCACCAUGGACGUCACGUUCUUCCCGUUCGACCGGCAGAACUGCUCCAUGAAGUUCGGGUCCUGGACUUACGACGGGACCAUGGUCGACCUCGUCUUGCUCAACGAACACGUCGACAGGAAAGACUUCUUCGAUAACGGGGAGUGGGAAAUACUAAACGCCAAAGGGAGGAAGGGACACAGGAGAGACGGUGUGCAUGCCUACCCGUUCAUCACCUACUCCUUCGUCCUGCGUCGCCUGCCUCUGUUCUACACCCUCUUCCUGAUCAUCCCCUGCCUGGGGCUCUCCUUCCUGACGGUGCUGGUGUUCUAUCUGCCUUCGGAUGAAGGGGAGAAGCUUUCCCUGUCGACCUCGGUCCUGGUGUCCCUGACGGUGUUUCUGGUGGUGAUUGAGGAGAUCAUCCCUUCUUCCUCCAAGGUCAUCCCUCUCAUUGGAGAGUACCUGCUGUUCAUUAUGAUCUUCGUCACCCUGUCGAUUAUUGUCACCGUGUUCGUCAUUAACGUUCACCACAGAUCUCCCUCCACGUACCACCCCAUGGCCCCCUGGGUGAAGAGGCUUUUUCUGCAAAAACUCCCUAAGUUACUCUGCAUGAAGGACCACGUGGACCGCUACUCUUCCCCAGAGAGAGAAGAGAGCAGACGGGUGGUGCCAGGUAAAGUCCUAGAGAGAAGGAAGCAGAAGCAGGUUAGCGAUGGAGAGAAAGUGCUGGUUGCUUUCCUGGAAAAGGCUGCGGAGUCCAUUCGGUACAUCUCCACGCACGUGAAGAAGGAGCAUUGUGUCAGCCAGGUGGUACAAGACUGGAAAUUCGUAGCGCAAGUUCUGGACCGCAUCUUCCUGUGGCUCUUCCUGACGGUGUCGGUGAUGGGCUCUGUCCUGAUUUUCACCCCCUCUUUGAAGAUGUGGCUACACAGUUACCAUGAGGAGCAAGUCUCCAGAGCGAUCUAACAUGCACUCCACAGAGACAAAAUGGCACCAUGGAACUGCCAUCCAGCCGGCACGUAUAUACUGCACCCAAAUGCACACACUUCUUGGAAGGGCUUGUGUGGUCCUCCAGGAAACGGGACUUGGUAAAUGUGGUUUGCCCACGGGAAAUUCGUGGUUGCCAUUAGAGUCGGCUGGGUCUGGGUAAAACAGAACCUCGAAGGGCCCUGCCUUGGCUUCAGGGAGGAGUCAUAUGCCCAGGCCUGAGCUCACAAGCCGGCAGCACCAGGAGGUUCCCAGGGAGCUGGACUGAGGUCUAACAAAGCUGAGGCCUGAGAAUUCAAGGAGGCCUUGGUGUUGGCAGGAUUUGGGUCUCCUGUGUCCUGUUCUGGGUGAUUUUGCCUGAGAUGCAUCUUGGGCUGUGUGUUGUGGACGAAGAAAUCUCAACAACCAUGAUAGAACACUGGGGCUCCUUGUGUAAUCCACACAUCCAUAUAUCUCUGCACGUUUUAUUGGAACUUUUAAGAAGGGAGGCAGCAUGGUCAAAUAGGAACCAAGGCACAAGGACUCUUGAGUUCUAGACCAGCUUUUUCUCAGCUGUGAGCUGUGGGACCUUAGGAAAGUCACAUGUCCUCUCUGGUCAAGAAGAGCCUAUGACAUGAUUUUUAACACCCUUUUCCACUCUACAAUCCUAUUCUUUGGAUAGGCAUACUGGAGCUUUCACAAUUUUUAGACCACACAAUUUCUAGUUGUAACUUUGAUCCUUUGGGGAAAUGAAUCUGCUUUAUCUCUGAUUUAGGGCAGGAAUUACAAGAAAAUAUUGUGGUGAAACCAAGGAUUCGAUGCCGUAAAUCCCUGACGGGAUUGUGAAAUCAAAGGGCAAAUCACUGCUCUUUUUAUUGAGAAUGCUAUUGACUUUAACUUUAUUCAACUCAUCCAUUUGCUAGGUAAAUGGCAGAACUAAUCUUAGAAAAACGCAUUUUGAUUAGAAUCUAGUCAUACAUUUUAAAAAGUACCACAUGAGACACUUCCCAAGCUUCCUUCCGACCAGGCACAAAUACAGCAAAGGUCAAACCCAUAUAUUGUACAUGUGCAUGAAGCUUAUUCCUCAUUGCCGCUACAUUGGGAGACAAUGCCCAUUUCAGAUAUGGAAAAGGAUAAAUAUUUACAGGUCACAAUAACCCUCAGAAAGCAACUACAAAAGAGAACUUGAAAGCAAAGAAAUUUUUCUUUCAAAUACAUAGCAAGAAAAAUCUUCUGUGGGUAAUCUUGCCAGCUAAUCCAAAGUGGUCACAGCAAGACCCACGCAACUCUCCAUCACACAUGUGAGCAUGUGGAACAGACACAUGCCUGGACACACAUGUGCAGGCACACACACUCGUUGACACACCCUGGCAUGCACACAGGAGUGGGCUCACACAGAACUGUCCUAAUUGUUCUCACUCUUCAGAUCUUUGCUACCACUCUGCCUCCUCAUGGGCCCCCCUGAACUCCUGUCUCUGAAAAUCCAUGAUGUGUUCAGUUUCUGCUAUACGGUUUAGAAGGUCAUUGUUCUUUAUUAUUUUAUUAAGUGAAUUUUAUUGCCUUGCCCCUGUUACAUUUCCAACAGCAUCUCAUAGAGCUGUGUACAUGGUCAAGACUCAAUUGAUUAAUUAAACCAGUACCAGUAAGUUUGUACUGGGUUUUUCAUCUAAAAUAAAGACAAAUUUUACUCUUGCUCAGUCCUCCAAUAUUUCCAGUUGUGUGUGUGUGAUUUUCAGCACGUACCUUAAACUUUUUCUUACAUUAAAAUGCUUUUGAAGCACAAUUUGUGGGCACAGACUAUGGGAUGGUGAGGGCUUGGGGGGUAGAAUGGGAGCCGAUUGGAAGAGGCUAACGGGAAGAAAGGAGGAUCUAUAUGAUACUUUC